AUUUGCUCGGUCGGACACACUGCUCCAGCCUCGGCUCAACUGUUCGGUCACUUGCCGCGUCUGCGCCUACGCUUCCAACACUAUCGCUAACCAACCGUCGCUGCCAAGCAAUGACCAUCACAGAGUCAACGCGUCGUCAGCUUUUCCAGAAGGCGAACCGGUUGCAAGUGAUCCGCAUGGACCAGAUGCGCCACGCUGCCCCACGACAGACCAAGACGCCAACAUCGUCUUCACCCAUUGCGCUCGGCACGUGGACAGUCGAGGAGCACGGUUUGUUCCUUGAGGCUCUGGAUUUGUACCCAUCCGGCCCGUGGAAGCGCGUUGCCCAGCACAUCGUCACUCGCACACCGCGCCAGGUCAUGACGCAUGCGCAAAAGUACAGACAACGACUACAGCGUCGUACAGCUACACCCGACGUUAAACCAACCGAGGCGCACCAGGCCGAGAUGCAGACUAGUAAAGUGCUGUCGGUGGUGGUGUCGCCCAUGGUGAUGCAGCCAGCUGGUGCGACUGGCGAGAUGCAAGUUGAAGCUAACAUCUGUAUGCUUCCCGAGCCGUACACGGACGGCGUCGUACAGCCCCCACUCAUUGACGUGGACUUGGAUUUCCUCUUUCAGCUAGCCACUGACCCCAUGUUCGACAGCGUGGACAUGACCCUACCGCACGCUGACCUAGAGCCCCUGCAGUUCUAGCUCCCUUUGCGUAAAUGUUUCAUUUUUAUCGUAGUAGAUUGAACUCAUUAAUGUAAAAAAAAAUAUUCGUGAGUCUUGUACAAAUUUGCACCAUACACUUAAAAAAAAUAAAGACACUUAACCUC